GGGCUAAGGCGAGGAUCUCGGGCAGCCUUCACGAGGAGAAGCUGCUGCCGGCGGCUGUUGCCGCUGCCGCUGCGUCUGCCUGGUCUGCUGAGGGGAAAUUUCUCUCAGGAAUCAAGGCCCGAGGACCCAUCUGUUCUCCCACGUGUGUGGGCCAGAGAACACAGCCUCUUGACGCCCCCAAGGUCUCCAUAGUACUUGAUUUCCAGGCCACACUCCUGUCUGCUAUCUCUUACCACAGCCAUCAUGCCCAGGGGACAUAAGAGUAAGGCUCGUGCUCGUGAGAAGCGCCGCCAGAUCCAAGAGGAGGCCCAGGGGCUGAAGGAUGCUGAAGCCAAGGCAGCAGAGAAAGGAGCGUCAGCCUCCUGCUCUGAUCAUGAUUCUGGAGAUGCUGUUGCAAGCACCUCUACUGCUGUUUUACCUCAGAAGUCUAAAUCUCAGGGUGAGGCACCCACCACUACUGCUAGUAAAGGUGGUGGCUAUAGAAGGUCUCGUAAAACUACCAAAGGUCCAAGGGAGGAAAGUACUAGUUCCUCUAGGGUCCCACACUUCAAUGAGAACCCACAGAAUGAUCUUCUAACAAGGAAGACAGGAAUCCUGAUGCAGUACUUGCUCUGCAAGUACAAAAUGAAACAGCCAGCAAAUAAGGGAGAAAUGCUGAAAGUUAUUAAUAGAAGGUUCAAGGGGCAGUUGCCUGAGAUCCUUAAGAAAGCCUCUGAGCGCAUUCAGCUAGUUUUUGGUCUUGAGGUGAAGGAAAUUAAGCCCAAUGGCGGCUACUACACCCUUGUUAGCAAGUUAGAUCCCAGUGUUGGUGGUACUCUGACCACUAGCCUGCCAUUUCCCCAGAACGGGCUUUUGAUGCCUCUGCUGGGUGUGAUUUUCUUAAACGGCAACCGUGCCUCUGAGGCAGAGAUCUGGGAAUUCCUUAAUAUUUUGGGAAUUUAUGAUGGGAAGGUGCACAUAAUCUUUGGGGAUCCCAGGAAGCUCAUCACCAAAGAUUUGGUUAAGGAAAAUUACCUGGUAUACCAAAAAGAGGAAAAUAGUAAUCCUCCAUCCUUUGAGUUCCUUUGGGGUCCCCGAGCCCAUGCUGAAACUACCAAGAUGAAAGUCCUGGAGUUUUUAGCAAAGGUCAAUGAGACCGUUCCUCAGGCUUUCCCAACUCAUUAUGAAGAGGCUUUGAGAGAUCAGGAAGAGAGAGCCCAAGCUGAAGCUGUAUGCAGUUCUGGCACUAGUGCCAAAGAUAAGGCAGAGUCUAAAGUCACAGUGGUUGACUCCUCUGGCAAAGAUAAGGCAAAGUCUAAAGUUGUACCUGUCGACUCCUCUUGCUCCUAGAGAGAUUAGAGGCAGAUGCCCCUUUAGGUUUGGAACAGGGUUUUCCACCUUAAAAGUAGAGAGAGGCUGAUAGUUUAUAAUACACAUCUUACUGUGCUUUAGUGUUUUUUAAGUGUUUCUCUUUUCAUAGAAUCCUUAUAUAGGUUCAGAACUCACAGGUAUACAUUACCUGUAUCAUAUUAUUUGUUGCUGUAAGAUUUUAAGGAUAAGAAUUUUGAUAUUCUGUACUACAUUGCAAAAACCCUCGAAUCUUUAAGUUGAUGAGCAAGCAACCACUGCUUUGUAAUGGAGAUUUUCUUUGAAGCGUGUGAUGGUGUAAUUUGUUUCUUAAAAGAGAGGAAAACAAAGCAUAAUGUGUAAACUACUAUUUUCCCUUAUUCACUUUUGUUUUUAUUUCACUUUUUGGUAAAGUUUGAAGAGAUGUACUUAGUUGUUGUUAGCUGAAUAAAAUUGC